UUUGCCUUUGACAAUACGUUAUUUAGCUGACUCUCUCGCAGUCUGGAGCUAUUCAAACAAAGCAGCUAGCCGGUGAGGACGAUAAAUACCUCACCGCUCUUCCAGGAACAGUCCGCUGUCUGUAAGGUGCUCGGGACUACGUGGUGUUUUGACUGCAGUGAAGAGGAGCGCAACAAAGAUGUCCAAAGACACGGAAGGAAAGAGUGAGAAAAUCAUGGAUACGGAGAACAAGGUGCUUUGGUACCCGGACUCCAAGAGGAACACACAGAUGGACAAGUUUAGGAUACAGGUCAACUCGGACUACGGACUUAAUCUGGCUAACUACAGUGAUCUUUAUCAGUGGUCUGUUGACAAUUAUCCAGAGUUCUGGGCAGAGGUGUGGCGCUACUGUGGCGUUGUCAGCUCCAAACCAUACGAGGAGGUGGUGGACGUAUCCAAGCGCAUCUCAGAUGUUCCAGAGUGGUUUAAAGGAGCUCGACUCAACUACGCAGAGAACCUGCUUAAGCAUGCCGACCAGGACAAAGUGGCUCUUUAUUCAGCAAGGGAGGGGAAUGAGGAGAUCAUGAAGGUAACAUUCGGGGAACUAAAGCGUAAUGUGGCAUUAUUUGCUGCAGCUAUGAGAAAGAUGGGUAUUCAGACGGGAGACAGGGUUGCAGGUUACCUGCCCAAUGGUGUCCAUGCAGUAGAAGCCAUGUUAGCAGCUGCCAGCAUCGGGGCCAUUUGGAGCUCCACAUCAGUAGAUUUUGGGGUUAAUGGUGUCCUUGACAGAUUUUCUCAAAUCCAGCCCAAACUGAUCUUCUCAGUAGCUGCUGUGGUUUACAACGGCAAAACACACGACCACGUGGAAAAGCUGAUAAACGUUGUGAAAGGUUUACCUGACUUGAAUAAAGUAGUUGUGAUCCCCUAUGUUUUGUCCAAGGAAGAGACCAACCUCUCCAAAAUUCCCAACAGCGAAUUCCUUGAUGACUUUUUGGCGUCUGGCCGUGGCGAAGGGGACCAGUUCCCUCAGCUGGAGUUUGAGCAGCUUCCUUUCAACCAUCCUCUGUUUAUUAUGUACUCUUCUGGAACUACAGGAGCUCCUAAAUGUAUGGUCCACUCUGCUGGGGGCACGCUCAUCCAGCACUUGAAAGAACACAUUCUCCAUGGCAACAUGGUCUCCAAUGAUGUCAUCAUUUACUACACUACUACCGGCUGGAUGAUGUGGAACUGGCUGGUGUCUGCUCUGGCAGUGGGGGCCUCAGUGGUUUUAUACGAUGGUUCACCGCUGAUGCCAACAGCCAAUGUGCUGUGGAACCUGACAGACAAGCUCAGCAUUACUAUCUUUGGCACCGGAGCUAAGUGGCUGUCUGUGUUGCAGGAGAAGAACCUCAAACCCUCGGAAACACACAAUCUCCAGUCUCUUCACACCAUACUGUCCACUGGAUCUCCACUCAAACCUCAGAGCUACGACUAUGUCUAUCGCUGCAUCAAGAGCACCGUGCUGCUGGGUUCCAUCUCAGGGGGCACUGAUAUAGUUUCCUGUUUCAUGGGCCAAAACCCAACAGUCCCAGUGUAUCGGGGAGAGAUCCAGUCAAGAAACCUUGGCAUGGCUAUAGAAGCUUGGAGUACUGAGGGUAAACCAGUUUGGGGGGAGAGUGGAGAGCUUGUCUGCCUGAAGCCAAUCCCUUGCCAACCAACUCACUUCUGGAAUGAUGAGAAUGGGAGCAAAUAUCACAAAGCUUACUUUUCUACAUUUCCUGGUGUUUGGGCCCAUGGAGAUUAUUGUAAAAUCAACCUAAAGACAGGAGGCAUGGUCAUGCUGGGCAGAAGUGAUGGCACACUGAACCCUAACGGAGUUCGCUUUGGGAGUUCAGAGAUCUACAACAUCGUGGAGGCUUUCGAGGAAGUGUCAGACAGCCUUUGUGUGCCCCAGUACAAUGAAGAUGGAGAGGAAAGAGUUAUUUUGUUCUUAAAGAUGGCUCCUGGAAAGCCCUUCCAUCCAGAACUGGUGACGAAGAUUAAAGUAGCCAUCAGAAAAGCUUUGUCUGCCCGACACAUCCCUGCCUUGCUUCUGGAGACAAAAGACAUUCCCUACACCAUCAGCGGUAAGAAAGUGGAGGUUGCUGUGAAGCAGAUCAUUGCUGGUCGGGAAGUUGCGCAAAGAGGAGCAUUUUCCAACCCUGGUUCACUGGAUCUCUACAAGAACAUUCCAGAGCUGCAAAACUAUUAAAGAUGAAACUCUGAGGCAGAUGGAAGGAUGGUGGAAACUGAAGGCACUCUGGGCUUUAUGUUUGCAAAUGUUUUUAAAAUAAUAGGAAAUUAAGUUAAUAAGAUGAUUGUAUAAUGCAGAGAGGAGAUUUAACACCAUGAGGUACACUGGUCCAUAGGCAAGCUUUUAAUACUGUCUUCGUGCUGCUGCUCCUGGUCUGUCAUGCUGUUCAAAUAAAUGUUAAACUGAAUAGAACUGUGGGUUUAAUACAAUGUGCACAACAGUGCUUGUGAAAAAGCUUAUGCUGUAAAGCCAGUUAUGAAAACUUUAAGUGCAGCAUUAAGUGUUAGGGUUCACAGUUUGGUUUUGGUCGUCCUUUAAACAACUACAUCCCUCUUCAGUAGCAAUCUCUAACCCUUAUGCACCUUCAGAGAAGAUUUAAGAAUAAAACCUGUGAAGGUGUGGAGGAAACUUCACUUCGGCUGUGGCCCAUCUCAGCAUAUCAAUUAUAUGGUGUGCAUUGCUUUUUUGAUGUAUGUGUGUGAGUGUAUGUGUAUAUAUAUGCAUAAUAAUAUAAAGACUAAUGUAUAUUUUUGGACAAUGAACUUAUGUUUAUAAUUAUGCAUUUAAAUAUAACCAUCGAAACGUAACCAAAGGUUUGGGUUCUGUGUGGGUCUUGCAUGACAUGUCGAAGUUUACUCACAAUAAUUAGGAAUCCUAGAUGCACUUACAGAACUCCCUGCUUUUCAUCUUUAUUUACAUGAUCAAAUUGGAAACCCCUUCUAAAAUUGGUUCCAUGAUACUGUUCAGUUAAUUAAUGGUGAUAUGGAGGUUUUCCUUAAGGAAAAUAUUUAUCUGUGCAGCCAUCAUACAGUUUAGAGUGCCUUGCAAUUUUAUUGGUAACCCUUUAGCUUUUUUCCCUAUUUGUCUUAUUACGACAACAUGCUCAAAUAUAUUUCAUUGGGAUUUUUUUUUUUACAGACCAAUGCAAUGUAGUGCAUAGUUUUGAAGUGGAUUAAAAAUGAUACAUGGUAUUUGACAAAUAAAAAUCUGUGCUGUGGAUAUGUAUUCAGGACCUGUAAGAUCAAACUUUGUAGCACCACUUAGACACACUUUGUUGCUUGUUUUCACUAGCAUUGCACAUCUUGAGAGUGACUUUUUUGUCCGGUCCAUUCAAAAUAGUCAUAGCUUGGUCAGAACAGGUGGAGAGCAUUGAUGAACAUACGUUUUCAAGUCUUGUCACAUCCUCAAUAUGAUAGGUCUGGGCUUUGACUGGACUGUUCUAACACAUAAAUAUGACUUUAUCUAAACCAUUCUAUUUUAGUUCUGGCAGUAUGUUUAGGGUCCUGCUGAAAAGGUGAAACUUUGUCCCUAGUCUUAAGUCUUUGGCUGCCCCUAAGAUUUUUUUUCAGGAUUGCCCUGUUUUUAGCUCCUUCCUUUUUCUGUUUGCUGUACCCUACAUGACUCAUGGCAAACUCCAAACUGGACAUUUUUUAAGCUUUCUAACUCUUUACACUCUUUUAUACCAGAUUCUCCUGCACAGUUAAUAGUCCAUCCAUCCACUGAUCCACUGGCUAUACCUGCUUGUCCAUGCAGGUCCCUGGGGGGACUGGUGCCUAUCUCCAGCGGUCAUUGGACAAGAGGCGGGAUGCACCCUGGACAGGUCGCCAGUCACAGGGGACAAAUACUUAUACCUAAGGGCAAUUUAGAGUAACCAGUUGACCUAACAGUCAUGUUUUUGGACUAGGAGAGAAAGCUGGAUUAGCCAGAGAGAACGGCGGGAAUAUGCAAAAGACUAUUAGUCAUCCUGUCAAAUUCUCCCACCUAACCUGUGGAUCUCUACAGCUACUCCAGAGUUACAGUGGGCCUCUUGGCUACUUUUCUGAUUAGUGCUUACCUUACCUGGUUUGUAGGUUUAGAUUGACUGGCCAUGUCUUGGUAUUUUUGCCACUAUGCCAUAAUUUUUCCGAUGAUGGAUUUAGGUUGUCUAUAUUCAAAGCUUGAGAAAUUAUUUUAGGACCUACUUUAGGAUCCUUCUGUAUCAUUUCUCUUUCACUUCAGAAUGAUCAUGUACUUUGUCUUGAUUCAUCACAUCUAUCUUAAUAUACUACUUUGAAGUUUGUGGUCAUUAUGUGACAAAAUGUGAAGCUUUAAGGGGUAUGACUACUUUUGCAAGGCACUAGGUUUAAUCAAAAUGAUGAGUUUAUGUAAAUGUUGGUUUUGUCACAUUACCUUUGUCAGUGAAUAUCUACAUCAUCACACAUGUCAUAACCUUUUAGAUCUCUUUAAAACAAACUUUUGCUUUUUUUACACAGGAACAAAUAUGUAUUUAUUUGAAACUUUCUCCUUGGGUGUUGAAGACAGGAUGGAAGAACUGAAAUAAGUUCGGUUAUUUGCAGCAAUGUUGGUCAGUAUAAAUAAUAAAAAAACAACAACUGCCAGUCACUUUUAUACCUAUUCUAGAAAAGAUUGACUAAAAUGUGAUUUUGUUCGACCAUUCACAUCUCAGACAGGGAACAGUUUAUGACCUUUGUUACAUGUUUUGUGAUCGUGAAGUUAAUAUUUCAUAGGUGGCUUGAAUGCAAACAAUUCGUCUGUAAUUCUCUGCUUUUUAUCUCGGACAUCAUAUUCUUAAUUGAUCCAUUUUUCACAGGAAUCCUGUGGAAUGAAACGGUAUCCUCAUAGCGAUGUUUUAUUGACAGUAUGUAUGAUGUUAUUUUGCCUUGUUUAAAUAAAGAAAUGUUGGUUCUUUCAUGAAGAGAAUAAUCAGAGACUGGACAGCUGUACAAUUUCCACUUUACUACAUGCAUAUAUGACAGGAUAUGUAAAAAAAACUACUGAAGCAAAAAUAAAGAUUAAAAUUAUA